AUGGUUGCGGAUGUGUUAGUUUUAAAACAGAGAAUUGAUAAUCUCUCAAGUACUCUUUCUAAAGGCGCUUUUACCGAUUCUCUGAAAAGUGAUUUCGACGCGUGUUUGGAAGCACUGGAGUCACUAAAGGUUGACCGGGAGGUGCUUCAGACUACGAGGAUCGGAACGUCGCUAACAAAGCUGUCAAAAUCACUGGAGAACCACUGCAAAGACUCGUCCAGUAAGAUAACGUGCAUCAUUGAGAGGUGGAAGAGUCAGUUGAGAUCAGUGAACGCAACUAACGCCACGAAGAGGCAGAAGACGGCUGAUGGCGCCGAUUCCACCACUAGGAAGGAAAAGGCUUCGGUCUCUGAGUCCAAUAUUCCAAGUUUCAGUGACACCAGGGAGGACAGCAAGGAAGAAGAGUUGGACCUGCCAGCCUACUCAGGGCCCGUUCAUAGCGAAGUGGUCAGAGACAAGGCGCUGAGGUACCUGUUCAGAUGCUUCCUGGUAGGCCAGGACUUCGGGCCGGAAUUGAACAAGUUAAACGCGCUGGUGUACGAAAUCGAAAACGCCCUGUACGACCACUACGUGGUCAACAAGAACGCGCAGAAGGAGUACAACCUGCAGCUUAAGUGCAUCUCCUUUAACUUCAAGGACAUCAAAAACACAUUCUUCAACUACAAGGUGUACUCGGGAGCAAUACCAGUGUCGGAGCUGGUGACAAUGAGUUCACUACAGAUGGCCUCGGACGAAAAAAAAAUGCAAAGGAGCGUGAUCCUGGAACAGUCGCUGGAGGCAUGCCAGUCCGACUGGGCAAUCAAGAACAUAUUCCUGAACCAGAAGAGCAAGGGGCAGUUCAAGUGCGGAAAGUGUAACUCGAGACAGACGACGUACUAUCAGCUGCAGACGCGGUCCUCAGACGAGCCCAUGACGACCUUCGUGACGUGCCUAAACUGCAAGAACCGCUGGAGGUUCUAA